AUGCAAAACCGGGAAAAGAGUGCGUCACUUGAGGAGCUCGAGGAGGCCACCCCAACAUCCUCGGGCUCUUCAACGAUUUGUGAGAAUGGAAGAGAUUCAGUUGGAGAAAAUGACGGAAAAUCUGAACAAGAAGAGGCAAUCACAGGUCAGUCUCAGCCACAAACAUCUCUUCCUCCUUCACUCUAUCCACCACCCGCUAAUCUCGACAGCGAUUUCGACAAUGAGCACGUUGAUUUCUAUCGGAAGCACUCACUACUUCUCAAGAAUGCUCUCGAAAAGCUUCAAAUGGUGAGAGGACGAAGCGCUGGUACAAAUGUGACCAAUGGACGACACAGAGGAAGCCAGUCGACGAGUCAAGCGAGCAGUCAAUCCGUUAACACUUCUGAUGGCUUUGAUCAAGAUCCGAUCAACUACGAGGAAGCGUUAGACCAACUCGCGCCCGAGGACAAAGAUUUCGGGGAUCGGCUGAGACGGCAUCUACAGUUUUUCUUCAUGGAUCCGCUAGAAAAAUGGAAGGUUCGCCGGCAAUUCCCCUUCAAACUCGCGCUUCAGAUCUUGAAAAUUCUUCUCAUCACAGCACAACUAAUUCUUUUCGCUGAGUUGCGAAUGUCACAUGUGGAUUUUAUGGAAGACACGACGACCGUGAUGAGACACAAAUUCUUGAAAGAUUGGAACGAUGACCGAGAUGCGGUUUCUUAUCCACCGAACGAGGGUCGAUACGCCGUCUAUGAUGGAAAGGGAAUAUUCCAGCACAUGGCUUUUAUCAUUGAAUCGUACUAUUCAAUCGAGAGCGAAUCGUUCGCCUCGUUCAGCUACGAUACGCGUCAUUUCGGAAUCGGUCAUUGGUUCAGCAAAAACGCCUCGUUGAAUGCCGGAGUGAAAUUCGAUGAGAUUCCACCGUUGGAGCUUUGCUACGAUCGAAUUGCUAGCGUCACCGUCAACAAUAACACCUAUGAGUUUGACAUCAAUAAUGUUUACGAGUGCUCUUAUUUAAAUCUAACAAAACAAGAGGUGGACUCGAUUAAGGAGGAUUCGAUGAAAGUUGAAGAGGCAUUUAACAAAAGAUCGAUGACAUUUAAACCCGAAGACGCUCUCCGAAUCUCAAAAGUCUUCAUCCGCUUCAGUCUUCGAACCAUCCAUUUCGCGCCAGUCACCGCUGAUCAAACUCCUGAAUGUUAUCGAAUAAAUGUGUCAGUGAUCUUUGACAAUUCUCGACAUACCGGCCAGGUUCACGUGAACAUUCAAGCCGAGAUCAACUACGAACGAGAGUGCAACGGACGAAUUUUAAAAGGCAACUUUCUACCCUAUGACACUAUUCUAAUGGCGAUCAUCGACGUACUAGUGCUUUUCAUGUGUUUAGCAUCGUUGGUCCUCUGCAUUCGUGCACUCAUCAAGGCUCAUUUACUCAAAAAUAAAACAGUUGACUUCUUCGAGAAUAUUUUGCGUCAACCGGUUGCUCUUGGGGACAAGUUGGAGUUCGUGAAUCUUUGGUAUGUGAUGAUUCUUGUAAACGAUGUCUUCAUUAUCAUUGGAACAGUUUGCAAAGUGACUAUCGAAUUCAGGGAUUUUGACAAUGAUGUCUUCACUCUAACUGGGAUUCUUCUCGGUGUUGGCGCACUUUUGGUUUACGUGGGAGUGCUUCGAUAUUUCAAAUUCUUCAAUAAAUAUAAUAUUCUAAUGCUUACCUUGAAGAAAUCACUCCCAAACAUUCUUCGAUUUUUGACUUGUGCAGCCGUUUUGUACAUGGGAUUUCUUAUUGCCGGCUGGGUGAUUAUUGGGCCAUAUUCGAUGAAGUUUCGAACACUUUCCUCUUGCUCUGAAGCCUUGUUUUCGUUGGUGAACGGGGAUGAUAUGUUUGCCACAUUUUACACGAUAAAAGACAGCAAUACGACGAUUAAGAUCUUUGGCACAGUGUACAUCUACUUGUUUGUCUCUUUAUUCAUUUACGUCAUUCUUUCUCUAUUCAUUGCUAUCAUCAUGGACGCUUAUGAAGUAGUGAAAGAUCGCUACGCUGAAGAGAACGCUUUCGAGCGAUCGGCGCUGAGAGAUUUCAUGGCGACAGCGCCGGCGGUGAGCUUGGCUGCUCCAAAUGCACAAGCUCAAUUCGCUCCCUCAAAUCUGCUCAACCUCGUGGCUGGCAACGACUCGAAUAGUGUGCGAGCGUUGGAAGUGAUCGAUCGAGUGAGGGAUCGAAUUAGGGAUGGAUUAGGUAAUCGGUUCGAAUCGUUCACAAACCCACUGCACGAUCAACACGAACACCAAAAUGUGAAUGCCGAGAUUCAAAUGAACAAUGGGAUCUCCUCUCCAUCCCCAUACAAUCACAAUGAUUCCCAUCCCGUCAAUCUU